AUGAAUAUGUGGAGCUCAGGGUCAGUGCAGGGUGUGCUGAAAGCCCUGAAGCACGCUGCGGGUAAAGGACACAUCCAGCUCAGCCGCUGGCUGCAACGGACCCCUGACUCACUGGACUGCGACAAGAUCGACAUCUUGAUCUGUAACGUCUUUGACGAGAGAGCUAACGGCGGGAAAUCGGAGGAAGAGCCCGCGGGUCUGACCGAGACCGGCACGUCCUUCACCCCCGAAUUUAGGCAUCCGUGUUGCAUUACAACCUGUUGCUUUAAAAGUGCCCUGUUGGCGUGCAUCCUGACAGCCGUGUGCUUCUCAUCGGUGGCUCUCGUGCGCCAGUACCUGAAGGAUGUCUUGCUGUGGGUGGAAAGUUUGGACAGUUUUGUUGGAGCCUUGCUUUUUAUAGUCGGCUUGAUCACGGUGUCUUUCCCUUGCGGCUGGGGUUAUAUCGUUCUGAACGUGGCCGCAGGGUAUUUAUAUGGGUUUGUGUUGGGCAUGGGACUGGUGAUGGUUGGGGUUUUGAUUGGGACUUUCAUAGCUCAUGUGGUGUGCAAGCGGUUACUGACGAACUGGGUUCUGAGUAAGAUCGGGAGCAGUGAACAGUUGAGUGCUGUUAUUCGGGUGGUGGAGGGUGGAAGUGGACUCAAAGUUGUGGCCUUAGCGAGACUCACUCCGAUCCCGUUCGGUCUCCAGAACGCGGUCUUCUCGAUCACAGAUGUGUCCUUGCCAAAUUAUUUAGUGGCUUCCUCAGUGGGACUUCUCCCAACACAACUCCUUAACUCCUAUCUGGGUACCACCCUGCGCACAAUGGAGGAUGUGAUCGCAGAACAGAGCGUCAGUGGAUACUUUGUGUUCAGCCUACAGAUCUUCAUCAGCAUAGGCCUGAUGUUUUACGUUGUACAUCGAGCACAAGUGGAACUGAACGCUGCCAUUGCUGCCUGCCAGAUGGAGCUGAAGACGUCGUACAUGAAUGGCGGAGCGGCCAACCACAGUGGCUCGACCUACUGCAGCAAAAGGGCUGUGGCGGGAGGGGGGAUCAACGUGGUCUGAUAAACGUUUUUUCUUGAUGAUGAACAUAUUUCAACCCUCCAUCCAGUUGCACUGUCCUGACUGGACGGGAGGAGAUCUUUCAGAGGGGAAUGCCUUGGCUGCGCCAGGGAGUCUUGGGAGCUGCUACAGCCCCAGGGGGCUGUUCUAGUUAUGAUGGAGGUCUGACUGCGGAGCGGCAUUGGACUAUCAAAGCUGAAGAGCCGCCCAUCAGACUUGAUGGAAAUGUUGCCCAAAGAUUGGGACCCUGGGCCAGUAUUAUAUGAGAUUGACUUGAGAUAUGUUUUUGAGGUACGUUUUUCUUUUUAAAGUUCUUUUUUUUAUGACACUAAUAUAAAUUAUAACUUUAUAGGAGGUCUAAAGCAUGAAAUGGUUAAAUUAAUUAAAGAGAAUGUUAUAGAAUUGUAGUUAGAUAUUACAGAGGGCCCAACUAAUAUAUCAGGUUAAUAUGCUUCAGAUGUUUGCUUUUUUUGUUAUAUAAAUAUAUACUGUUUUUUGGGAAAAAUGAAGAAUUGUUCAAUUUUUUUUAUAUACUUUUCUGAAUUCAUCUAAAGGUAUUGCUUAAUGGAUUGUUUCUUUUCAUGUUAUGUCUAGAGUAAGAAAAAAAAAAUAGUCUGUUAGUACCACCUGGAUAAAAUUGUGGCUUUUGCCAAACUGGGAACACUUUUGCUACUCGGCAGUUUUGUAAGGAACAGAUGGAAGGGAAGGAAAUUUUCUUAGCUGGAUAUUUAAGGCUGUCCUGCCAAGAACCUUUAGUACAGCAUGAUUAGCUCAGCAGUAUGUGUUCGAUUUCUCAUUCUCAUAUUGAGAGGACUGGAAUUCUUUGCCUUCUUUCUUGUAUGAUUUAACCAAAUGCUUUAUUAUAGGGCUGUUAGCAUUUUAUGACAUCACUUUUGUUAAUUUAUUCAUUGUUAGAAUCAUACAAUUCCGAAAGUUUGCACAUAUGGGACUGAAUAUGUAAGAUAAAGACAAAAUGCUGAAAAGCAUAUAUAUAUAUAUAUUCUUUAUAUUGAAUAUAUAUGUAUUUGUUUAAUUAUAUAAAUGUUUUUAUAUAUUUAUAUAAUUAUUUCCCCAAAUUAGGAUAUAGAUAUAUAUAAAGGGACGCAUUUUCAUGUUAGUGCAUUAUUAUUAUUAUUAUUAUUAUUAUUGUGUAAUGAAUGCUGUAGUUCAACAUGGGUCAGAUUGCUCUAAUGGGUUUUUGGCACUGUGCUAAAAUGGCUCACAGUUGCCUACAAUGCAUGUUUUCGCUGUUUUUCUUGUUUCUCAAAAACGCACACUAGUGAAAAUUCAGCUCAAACCCUCUGUGGCACAGUUACUCAUUGUGAGUGCAAGGUAAACGGCUACAAAUAUAAUUGACAAAAAUUGCAAACUACAACCAAAAUGUUAUUACGUGACUCCAGUCAUGGUAAUGUCUGUCGUUCCCUCCUUAGAGAUUCACCUAAUUAGAAACACAAGCCUCCUGAGCAUUGACUGACGUAUUUGGGUCCCGGCUAUAUAAUUUAGCACAGGCUUCUGUUAACGAGCUCAGUGAACUCGCAGCUUCCACACCGGGAACAUGAAAUCCCUCAAUGCAGGGAAUUUCACGGAAUCCUGGUGCUUAGUUUGUUUUUGUUUUCUCCUCACUACUACAUUCGCCCGUACUCGAUGGUCUGCAAUGCUGUGUAAAAUGAAAUUAUACUGUAAAUACAGUCAUUCAUGCUGUAAACCAGUAUAGAAAUGGAAAAACUGCUUGAUUUUGUCAUUGUGAGCUUUUAUUUGUGUUGAAGGAAGCAUGCUCUCAAUGAUGGAUUUCUUAGUAACUGACAUGUACACUCAGUUGGUAGUGACUUCUUUCUCAGUGUCAUUUGAGACUCGCCGUUUGGUUUACAGCAUCAACACUAGAGCGUCACCAUAAUCUGACAAUCAGUGGAACACUGGCGCGCCGCUCAUUCUGAAGGCUGAUCUCAUCUUGUUACUCUGUAUUUAUGUCUCCAGUCAUAGUUUUGCUGCUACUUAGACUGUAGGGUCUGAGUGAAAUGCUGACAAGGGCUCGAAUUAAUAUCGCAAUUUUAUUACAAUGUGAUCAACAACAUCUUGGUUUUUUCUUACAUAGAGAGUGUGCAAAUGAAUAGAUUUUCUAAGAAGUUGUUACAUUUAUUUUGAAAAGUGCAGGUAUAAUGAUGCACAAAUGGACACAUUCCUUAACUUAAAAAUGGGUUGAAUGGGUUUUUUUUUAUUUGUUUUGAGGAAACUGAAUAGCCCCUCUGUUUUCUGAAAUUAGCAAUAAAUAAAAACUGAACAUGCUGACUCACCAUCUGAGUUACAUUGUAGAGAUCCAACAAUCCUGGUCUUGUGUUACGAUGUCAACCUGCCUUGUACCUCUUGCUGCCUAAGACAUUGAAACAGGACACUUGCCUGCAGUGAUUUCAGACUCUAAUUCGAGCGGGCAUGGGAUUGCGAUAACUCAAACUGAAGACCCUUGGUAUGUCAAAUGCAAAAAUGUAAAGAAUUUGAAAUUGUUGCAGAAAAAUCCAACAAACAACAAAAAUAAAUGACAAUUUGAGGAUACGUAUCAGUGCUUUGUCUUAUUUUUUCCAGUUCAAAUGACAGAAUGGGAUAUGCAACAUCGCGUAUAAUAGUGAAGGGGUCUUGUGUGGUUCUUGGCAAACUUUAAUCUGAGAUUACAGCACAUUUUAAAAAAGGUACAAAUGUAAUUUCAGAUUAGGGCACAUCAGGUACUAUAUUGAAACCUCUUGACCCCUUUGACAAGUGCAUUUUACAUACUGUAUUUUGUAAUACAGAGAAUUUUGCAAUGUAAAUGGAUAUUUAUCGCUGUACCAUGCUUGUUCAGUGUUAUUUAUGAAAUAAAACUGUUGAAAAAUCACACAAGCGUG